CUCGAAGCAACGAGCUGAUACAUGAUCUCAAAACAAAGAAAAAUAUAAAAAAUAUAUUUAAAAAAAAGAACAAAAAAUUGUAAAAUUCUAAGUAUAGCAAAUUAUAAGAAAGUAGAACUAGUAGUUGGCGGUACAACACGAGAAAAGGACUGUGUGGUAUUACCAUCAACGUGGGAAUCCAUACUUAGUUGUUAGCUGCCCUUUUCUCGGCAAUCUUCCUUAUAUUUAACUACCCAUCAAAAUUCAAACAAACCCAAAAACCCAUUUCAAAUCUCCAUCAAAAACCCACAAAAAUGGCCGAAAAGCCCACAACACUUACAGCAUUAGAAGGGGAAACUACUCUGAAUCCAACCUUUGUUCGUGAUGAAGAUGAAAGGCCAAAGGUUGCUUAUAAUGAGUUUAGUAGUGAAAUACCAAUCAUUUCUAUUGAAGGAAUCGAUGAAAAUGGAGAAAAAAGAAGUGAAAUUUGUAGGAAAAUAGUGGAUGCUUGUGAACAAUGGGGGAUUUUUCAAGUGAUUGAUCAUGGGGUUGAUGAUAAUCUUAUUGAUGAUAUGACGCGUUUGGCUAGAGAAUUCUUUGCUCUUUCGCCUGAGGAGAAGCUUAGGUUUGAUAUGUCUGGUGGGAAGAAAGGUGGUUUUAUUGUUUCUAGCCAUCUUCAGGGAGAAGCUGUACAAGACUGGAGGGAGAUAGUAACUUACUUUUCAUACCCAAUUAAGAACAGGGAUUAUUCAAGAUGGCCUGAUAAGCCAGAAGGAUGGAUUAAGGUAGCAGAACAGUACAGUGACAAGUUAAUGGCCUUGGCUUGCAAGCUCCUUGGGGUUUUGUCUGAGGCAAUGGGUCUUGAUACUGAGGCACUCACCAAAGCCUGUGUUGAUAUGGACCAGAAAAUGGUGGUGAAUUACUACCCUAAAUGCCCACAACCCGACCUCACCCUUGGCCUUAAACGUCACACUGACCCUGGUACCAUCACCCUGCUCCUCCAAGAUCAGGUUGGUGGGUUGCAAGCGACUCGCGAUGGUGGUAAGACUUGGAUCACAGUCCAGCCUAUCCCUGGUGCCUUUGUUGUUAACCUUGGGGAUCAUGGCCAUUUUUUGAGCAACGGGCGAUUCAAGAAUGCAGAUCACCAGGCUGUGGUGAACUCAAACUACAGCAGAUUGUCAAUAGCAACAUUUCAGAAUCCGGCACCAGAGGCAAUAGUAUAUCCAUUAGCAAUACGAGAAGGAGAGAAUCCGAUCCUAGAAGAGCCCAUCGCCUUCACGGAGAUGUAUAGGAGGAAGAUGAGCAAGGACCUCGAACUUGCACGCCUUAAGAAACUCGCUAAGGAGCAAAAGCAGAAGCAAGAGGAGCUAGAGAAAGCUAAGUUAGAGUCCAAACCCAUAGAAGAGAUCAUAGCUUAAUAAUAAACUUCAUCUUAUAUCAUGGUUAAAAAAAAUUGUAGUAGUGUAUUUAUGAACUACAUUUUACCUUGUUGAUUUAGCUAAAAGUUGAUAUGGGUUCCUAGAUUUGGUUGAUAAUUGCCAUUUAGAUAGAUGGUGCAAAAAAUGAUCUAGUUGAUAACCAAUUAAAGCUUUCAUCUUUUCUA